UACGUUCUCACCAUUGACGAUAUUGUCCACAAUGGCGGGAAAGUCAAGGCCAUGUUAGAGUCAAACUUCCCCCAUAUGAUCACGUGAUAUGUUGUACUGGCUUCAAUUAUGUAGAUUUGUCAAUGUUUGACGACAAUUGCAAACCAGUAACCAAACAGGAUGACAAGUUUCCAGUUAUCUCCAAUACUUGGGAAUCCAACAUCGACAAUAUGUAUUUUAUGGGCACAGUGAUGCAGUGCCGCGACAGGAAAGCUGCGUCCGGGUUUAUUCAUGGGUUCCGAUACAACGUACGUACACUGCACAAGUUCCUUGAAGAGCGUUACGAAGAAGUUCCAUAUCCACGCGAACUUUAUCCGCUUGACAUUAACACACUCUCUGACAAGAUCUUGGAACGCGUAAGUGUUAGUGAUGGUAUAUAUCAAAUGAAUAACGUGUUGUGUCACGUGUUAGCCAUUCCCGACUUCGAUCCUAACAUGAAGGUGAAAUUAAAGCUGAACUCUACCAAGAUUUGCCCAAAUCAUAUAUAUGUACUUGAAACUGCCAUUAAAGGAAGAUUCGAUAAAUACAAGCACGUGUUCGUUAUUGCACUGGCAUACGGAUUUGAAGACUUUGGAAAAAUGGCAAACACGCCAUGGAUUUUGCUCACUUCCCCGAACUGAACGCUACUGAUUGUCAGGCAUUUCUACAUCCCGUUAUUACCUACUACGGACGGUGAUCUGAAGGAUGAACUGAAAUUACCAGAGUUGUUAAUACUGAGAUUCGACGUUCCAUUGACUCUGAACCAAAACCCAGACGUGGGAAAUAAUAGGAUGAGGAAUUUCAUCAAUAAACAGCUGAAUCUAAAGCCCGGACAACAUUUGUAUGAAGGAUUCUUCAUGGAGAAAGUGACAGACAGGGUCACUCCCUUCACAGAGGACGAGAAAAGAAGAAUACCAGACCUUAGUGUAUUCAAGUCUUGCAUUCCAUUCAGCAUCGACUUAAAACCAAAAAUGGCGUAAUUAUUAUGUUUGUAAACAUCAAUUCACUUUACUGUAAGUGAAAUCGCAAUAUUAACCAGAAUCGGUAUUUCGACAUAAAGCUAAAAAGCUAAAAAUCAAAUAGUUCGGUCCAUGUAAUACCCGAGAACUCACAGUGAACGGAAAUCACCCUUACUAUUCUGUUUAUUAGAUUUGCCCUACUAUAACUUCCUCAACUAUACACGUUUUACGAUUACACCAAAAAAACAACAACAAAAAACAAACAAAACAUAAGUUAGUCGCAACUUAUGUUUGAAG